CACACUUCAAAAUUAGUCGCGUCAAGUUAAGUAUAAAAUUGCAGAAAUAAGCGAAUAAAGUAGCAUGCCGCCCACGAUAAACAAUUCGGGGGUGAAUAACUCAACCGAAAAGCGACCGCAGCGGCAAACAGAGCGAAAAUCUGAAAUCAUCUGCCGUGUAAAAUACGGAAACAAUUUGCCAGACAUACCCUUCGAUCUGAAGUUCCUGCAGUAUCCGUUUGACGGCAAUCGCUUUGUGCAGUAUAACCCGACCUCGCUGGAACGUAACUUUAAAUACGAUGUGCUGACGGAGCAUGAUCUUGGCGUCACCGUGGAUCUGAUCAAUCGAGAACUAUAUCAGGCGGAUCAUGUGUCUCAGCUGGAUCCUGCGGAUGAGAAAUUGCUAGAGGAAGAGACCUUGACACCAACGGAUUCGGUGCGUUCGCGCCAGCACUCGCGCACAGUGUCCUGGUUGCGUAAGUCAGAGUAUAUAUCGACUGAGCAAACGCGCUUCCAGCCGCAGAAUCUGGAGAACAUUGAGGCCAAGGUUGGUUAUAAUGUGAAGAAGUCGCUGCGUGAAGAGACACUAUACCUGGAUCGCGAUGCCCAAAUCAAGGCUAUUGAAAAGACAUUCAGCGACACAAAGGGCGAAAUAACCAAGCACUAUUCCAAGCCGAAUGUGGUUCCAGUGGAAGUGCUGCCCAUAUUCCCCGAUUUCACCAACUGGAAGUACCCAUGUGCACAGGUUAUAUUUGAUAGCGAUCCAGCGCCGCAGGGUAAAAAUGUGCCUGCUCAGAUGGAGGAAAUGUCACAGGCCAUGAUACGUGGUGUUAUGGACGAAAGUGGUGAGCAGUUUGUUGCUUACUUUUUGCCCACAGAGACUACGCUGGAGAAGCGCCGUACCGACUUUGUAGCCGGCGAACUCUACAAAGAAGAAGAGGAAUAUGAAUACAAAAUUGCUCGAGAAUAUAACUGGAAUGUCAAGACAAAGGCCUCCAAGGGUUACGAAGAAAAUUACUUCUUUGUCAUGCGUCCCGAUGGUAUCUACUACAACGAACUGGAGACGCGUGUGCGACUUAACAAACGACGUGUCAAACUGGGCCAGCAACCCAACAAUACGAAGCUGGUGGUUAAACAUCGCCCGCUGGAUGCCAUGGAGCAUCGCAUGCAGCGAUACAGAGAGCGUCAGCUGGAGGUGCCUGGCGAGGAGGAGGAAGAAGAUGAGCAAAUGGAACUGGAUGAGGAAAAAACUCAAAAGACAGUAGAAAAGGAUCAAUCAACCGCCGCCGAUAAGUCAAAAACCAUUGCUGAGGAAGAGUCAACUGCUGCUGGAUCUACGCCCUCAGCAUCUGCACAGGAGUUACGCGAGCGGCAAUCACGAUCUCGCACACGUUCUGGGGGAUCGCGCUCACGCACCCGCAGUCGCAGUGGCAGUGGCUCUCGCAGUCGCUCCAGUUCAGGCAGCGGCAGUGGUUCACGUGCUAGUAGUCGCUCCAAAUCCGGCACACGUUCACGUAGCGGCUCACGCUCGCGCUCCUAUACGCCCGCCGGCUCGCAUAAAUCGCGUAGUCGCAGUCGGACACGCAGCCCAACGAAAUCGUCACGAUCAAGAUCGAAAUCCAAGUCAAAAUCUAAAUCGCGUAGUCGCAGUCGCAGUGCCUCUGGUUCACGCUCAGGAUCUGCAUCGCGUUCGCCCAGCCGCUCACGAACCGGCUCUCCUAGUGGUUCUGGCUCUGGUUCAGGCUCUAGCUCUGGCAGCGGCUCGGACGAGGAGUAAACGACCCAAUUUUCAACAUAAAUUUUUAUAUCAUAAUUAAAAACAAACUGUACAAAAACAAAAAAGAAUAAAUAACACAUUUU